CCAUUCGCAGCAGCGAUGCCCGACGCGCAGCGACUCGGCCACAAUAUUGGAGGAAUGCGCUUUUGUCGCUGGCAGGGGGUGGAGUUAGAAAGUGAACGAGCGCUGCCUACCAAACGCGGAGAGGAGAAGCAGCGGAGAAGCAGCGAGCGGAGACACGCGCGGCCAGGCUGCUCAGCGCCAGCGAUGCUGCCCGGACACAGCUGAAGAGGAAGCGGCCGCCCGAUCUGCACGCAGCACCGGCGCGCGUGGCGCCUCGGGGAUCCUUUGGGGGGGAACGAAGAAACUGCGGCGCGCGCAGAAACUGUUGAGAAAAAAAGAAGAGGAUUUUUUUUAGUGCAUGUAUUUCUGUUUUCCCACUAUUAUUGUUGUUUUCAUCACGCCAAUCGCGCACAACUGCUUCGGACAGGACCGUUUCAUGCUUUCCUUGUUUGGACCCGGCACCACCUCACCGGCCUCCCGCGCUCCUCUGGCGGGCUCACGAGCAGCACUUCCCGGCGCUUGCUGGGAUGUUUGAGUCGCGCUGCUUGGUGGGCUGAAGGGACCGAGACGGUGGCCGGAGAGACCGCAGGGACGCAGGCCGAGCGAGGAGUCGGGAGCAUGGCUCUGGUGGCGCUGUCUCUCUGGGUGCUAACGAGUCUCACCUGGGCGAACGUGCUCCAGGUGUCCGCCAACAGACACUCCGUGUACUGGAACAGCUCCAACAUACAUCUGCGCAGGGAGGGCUACACCAUGCAGGUGAACGUCAACGACUACCUGGACAUCUACUGCCCCCACUACAACGACAGCCAGCGCAUGGUGGGCACCGGCGAGCAGUACGUCCUCUACAUGGUCAGCUACCGCGGCUACCGCACCUGCGACCCCCAGCUGGGCUUCAAGCGCUGGGAGUGCAACCGGCCCCACGCGCCCCACGCGCCCAUCAAGUUCUCGGAGAAGUUCCAGCGCUACAGCGCCUUCUCGCUGGGCUACGAGUUCAACGUGGGCCAGGAGUACUACUACAUCUCCACCCCCACCCAUCACCACGGCCGCAGCUGUCUGAGACUACGGGUGUACGUCUGCUGCUCCACAGCCUCUGGCGUAGACGAUGAUCCAGAGCCCACAGAACCAGACUACCCGCAGCCGGGCCUAAAGCUUGAUGAUAUCGGUGAAUUUAACCCUGAGGUUCCCAAGCUGGAGAAGAGCGUUAGCGGGAGCAGCCCGUCAAGGGAUCGCCUUCUCCUCACCAUGAUGAUGCUCCUUCUGGCUGCUCUCUUCAUCUCCUAGCAACGGCCAUCCCAUCAGCAUCACCAUGCCAACUAGCCUUGGGAGGGUGUGCAGUAUCAGCGGGUGGGAGACAGGAGUGAGGGAGGGGGGACAGUUACUAUACCACAAAUAGAGCAGAAGGCAAGAGGAGGGGGACUUUCACAUGAGAGGUUUUGAGCACAUCACAGUGUAAACAUGUGUGUGUGUGUGUGUGUGUGUGUGUGUGUGUGUGUGUGUGUGUGUGUGUGUGUGUGUGUGUGUGUGUGUGUGUGUGUGUGUGUGUGUGUGUGUGUGUGUGUGUGUGUGUGUACAGUUGUGCGUUUGGAAGAGUGUGGUUUUGGUGGAGCUGAGCAACCUUCAGGCGCUCUGCGAUACAGACCGAACCCUAUAUUGCAUUGAAGUCAGCUGCGGAUGCAGGUGCAGACUGUGUGUGUGUGUGUGUGUGUGUGUGUGUGUGUGUGUGUGUGUGUGUGUGUGUGUGUGUGUGUGUGUGUGUGUGUGUGUGUGUGUGUGUGUGUGUGUGUGUGUGUCUGAGCAGGCCACAGGUUGAGCUUGUUGAAUCAUGCACACGGAGCGUCUCUCCAGCAGGAGAAGCGGCUGGAACCCUAGCGAAAUGAAGAAAAAGUUACUGAGCUACUCAUCCAAUUGAAAACCAUUUGAAGACUUUCCCUUGGAUGUGAUUGGCUGACACACUUCCUGAGGGCUAGUUGCCAUAGUUUCUGCAACAAGACUCAAACUGAUCUCAGAUGAACUCACUCAAAUACGUUUCAAAAGAACUAAAUUAAAAAUGCCUUUUUCUGUUGUUGUUAUUGUUGUUGAAGCUGAUGCUGGGAACUUGUCUCAGCCAGUGGACACAAGGACAAAGGGACCGGCUGAUGAACUGCGCUGGUCCUGUUUAGGACACUAGUCGACGUAGCUGAUAGUUCAGACACAAACGCACCCUGGGACUCCAGACGCAUGAGUUUCCGUCUCCAGCUUCACUCUGCUGUGUCAUCCCGUGUUCACUGUCUGCACAACGGGACCGGACAACGGAUCAUUCACUUCAGCAUCCGGGAGGAAGAGGAUGAGAGCGCGAACGCGUGCCACCGACGCACUCAGGGUUUCCUGGUGUUAUAACUCGCUGCUACUUCUCUUCCUCCAUCCUCUCCUGCGGUUAGCGAAGCACACGCCGUGGCCGACACUCAGCAAUACUGCCCUCUUCUUGACCGGCCGCACGGAAGGCGAGGAAGAGGAGCAGCGAGGAAGGACAGUCAUUCACACGAGCAUCCACCACACUGCUCCACCAACCCCAUGUAUGAGUGAGUGUGUGUGUGUGUGUGUGUGUGCGCGCGCGGCCGACGGGGGCGAACGGAUGCCUGAACGUGCCACGUGACCGUGACUGAGAUUAUUGUGAGUGGUACUGACAGAAAAUGCGUCCACAUCCAGUACCGUCCAUCCUGUAAGUAGAAAAAUGCAAAAUGAGAAAAAAAAAACCCAACACCGCUAAAGCAGCAGAUAAUACGUGAACACAAGUGCUUCGGUGGAGAGCUAUGGCAAUUCAAAACUCACACCACUGCCCCAGUCGGUUGCAUCGGCGUAGCGUUUCCAUAACAACCAGUACCUUAUUCACCAUGGUUACUCUACCCUGCCAACAAUGGACUGUAGUAGGGCAUGGCUUACCAUAGUAGCUUGUAACAAAGAUGAUUAAAACCAUAAUGGCGGCGAUGAUGGGCUGAGGGGCGACUGUCGGUCGACCAGGUCACACAGUCACUCACCCACCGGCAAGUGAGGCGUUCAAGUGCUUGUGUAAAUGUUAAAAAUGGACAAAGAAUGGAAUUUUAAUGUCGACGUGAUGUAAGCAUUUAUACAGAUUUAAAGCUCUGUUUCAUUGUUGUUGUUUUUUUACUAUUAUUACUAUGGUUUUGUUAAUAAAAACUCGGGUGGGCGGAGCCAUAUGUGCACCUGGGCUGUGCAGUGUCUCAGAUCAAAGGCAAAGAGAUUAUACGUAGGAGCAUUUAUAGACUGACGGAGAAAAGAAUCAAUUCAAUUCAUUCAGCGUCUUUUGUUACAGUAGAAUAAUGUGCGGACCAGCCCAGGUGUGGAGGUGGCUCGGUAGGAAAGCUUGGGGUUGGGCGGGUUAAAGAGCUGUGCCAGAGGGGAAAUCACUCUUCAAGAAGUUGCACUUAAGAAACUUAGACACGAGAGCAAGAGCGUCCGCGUGUCGUCUGUCCGUUAACGUGCGAGCGUCAUUUCCGUCCAUCACUUCAUGAGUGUGCGAGAGCUUUAGCAUGAAGUGUGUGUGUGUGUGUGUGUGUGUGUGUGUGUGUGUGUGUGUGUGUGUGUGUGUGUGUGUGUGUGUGUGUGUGUGUGUGUGUGUGUGUGUGUGUGUGUGUGUGUGUGUGUGUGUUGUUGUUUCUGCUCUUUCCACGUGUGCGUGAGUGAGAGCGUGUGACCGAUUGAUUGCAAAACAACAAAAGCAUUUAAUAGUGUUGGAAACAACAAGUUACAAUCAUGUUUACCUUCGACUGGAAUGACUUUAAAUGAACUUGAAAAUAAACUGUAAACUGAAUAAAACCAUAACAGAGGUUAUAACAAUGAUCAUGAUAACAAAAUAAUAAGCUUACAAAUCUUACUUUUAA